AUGACUCAAGCCAAUGGCCACCACCGUGUUCAAACAGCUAUUGACAUAAAGAAACCACCCGUGAGCUUCACUGGGGGUCUUGUGUUUGAGUGCCUAACUUACACUGUGAGAAAAGAUACCAAGGUGGAGGGGAAGUGGUCGCGUGAAGAGGUGAAUUUACUGCAUGAUAUCACUAGUUAUGCACCAAAGGGUUGCAUCACUGCAGUGAUGGGCCCUAGUGGUGCAGGAAAAUCCACUCUCUUGGAUGGCCUUGCUGGGAGGAUUGCGAGUGGAAGCCUUAAAGGGAGGGUCUCCUUGGAUGGUGCAACUGUGACAGCAAGUUUGAUCAAAAGAACUUCUGCAUAUAUCAUGCAGGAAGAUAGGCUUUUCCCUAUGCUAACUGUCUACGAGACUCUCAUGUUUGCUGCUGAUUUCCGCCUUGGACCACUCUCAUUCGCUGAUAAGAAACAGAGGGUGGAGAAGCUCAUUGACCAGCUUGGCUUAAGGUCAUCUCGGAACACUUACAUAGGAGACGAAGGAACGAGAGGAGUGUCCGGCGGAGAGCGACGGCGCGUCUCAAUCGGCGUGGACAUCAUCCACGGCCCAUCACUUCUCUUCCUGGAUGAGCCAACCUCAGGGCUAGACUCCACCAGCGCCCAUAGCGUGAUCGAGAAAGUGCACGACAUCGCACGCAGCGGUAGCACCGUCAUCCUCACCAUCCACCAACCCUCCUCCAGAAUCCAACUCCUCCUCGACCACCUCAUCAUCCUCGCACGGGGCCAGCUCAUGUUUCAAGGCUCGCCGCAAGACGUGACCAUCCACUUGUCACGCAUGCCACGCAAAGUCCCCAAGGGAGAGAACCCCAUUGAACAUCUGAUUGACGUGAUCCAAGAGUACGAUCAGAGUGAGGUUGGUGUUGAAGCACUUGCAGAGUUUGCACGCACUGGCGUGAAGCCACCUCCUUUGUCUCACCAGCAACAAUCCCUGUCCUCUAUUGCACCUUCUGCCCCUUUCUCGCACCAUGGCAACAGGUUUGAGGAGAAAUCUAUGGAGUUUUCUCACUCGUCGCAGGUGAGUAGAAGGUUGUUGGACGAUUUUGAUCACAGUCUCAGAAGUCCGUAUAACAACACUUCCAUGUCGUGGAGCACUGGGAAUAGUGCAGCAUUUCUCAAAUUCACACCUUCACGGCUUAAGAAUGAUCACAAGCUCCCCAAUAGCACAAGAAACGAUGCUUCACCUGGGUACUACACGUACUCGAGUGAAAUCCUUCAAGCCACUCCGACACCCCACAGCAGUGACUACACAGUGAAUGAGAAUGACUACCUCACUCCCUCAAAUGGCAGACAAGUACAGCUUGGCCCAAAGUUUUCAAAUUCUUACCUAACAGAGAUAUGGAUACUCAUUCGCCGCAACUUCAUAAACAUCAGGCGCACCCCUGAGCUUUUCCUCUCAAGACUCAUGGUUCUCACCUUCAUGGGCUUCAUGAUGGCCACCAUGUUCCACAACCCUAAACAAGAUUUGCAAGGAAUCACCAACCGCCUCAGCUUCUUCAUCUUCACAGUUUGCCUCUUCUUCUUCUCUUCUAAUGAUGCUGUCCCAGCCUUCAUCCAAGAAAGGUUCAUCUUCAUAAGGGAAACUUCUCACAAUGCCUAUAGAGCCUCCACUUACACCAUUGCAGGCAUAAUCACUCACAUGCCGUUUAUUCUUCUCCAAGCAGCUACCUAUGCAGUCAUUGUUUGGUUUGCCCUAAAACUUCGAGGCCCUUUCCUUUACUUCUUGCUUAUUCUCUUCGUGUCUCUUCUGUCAACUAAUUCAUUCGUGGUGUUUGUGAGCUCAGUGGUGCCAAACUACAUCUUGGGUUAUGCUAUGGUUAUUGCCUUCACUGCAUUGUUCUUCUUGUUCUGUGGAUACUUCUUGAACAGCCAUGACAUUCCCCGUUAUUGGCGUUGGAUGAACAUAAUUUCAACGAUGACAUACCCUUAUGAGGGGCUCUUGAUGAACCAGUAUCAGAUCAGUGAUCCCUUUGGAUUUAUCGAUGGAAAACCCAUUACCGGUUUUCAGAUCUUGGAUAGUCUACAUAUCAAGACUGAUGGACGUCGGAAGAGGACAGUGGUGCUUAUAAUUUUAUGGGAAUCUGAUGAACUUCCUAAUCUAGUGCUGAUAAUCUUUCUAAGAUCAGCUUCUGGCUCUACAACUGAAGGGUUUGAAAACAUAGCCUGCUGUGCUGAUUCAAAUUACACAGAUACGCAGACCACCUUAAAUUACCAAACAGAUUACACAUGGUUCCCUGAUAAAGGAACCUGCAGAAGAACCAAAUUUGAGUUGAAUCAGAAAGUUCGACUGUUUUUAAUAGAUGAAGGAAAGAGAUGUUACAAUUUGCCAACAACUAAGAAUAAAGUAUAUCUGAUAAGGGGCACAUUUCCAUUCGACAGUGUAACUUCUUCUUCCUUCAAUGUUUUAAUUGGAGUAACACAAUUAGGUGCAGUGAAACCAUCCACGACCCAGGAUUUGGAAAUUGAGAUUGAGGGAGUUUUUAGGGCUAACAAAGACUACAUAGAUUUCUGCUUAGUGAAGGGGGAGGCGGAUCCCUUUAUUUCUCAGCUUGAAUUAAGGCCAUUGCCUGAAGAGUAUCUACUACAUGAUUUACCUCCCAGUGUUUUAAAACUGAUAAGCAGAAAUAGUCUUUGGGGCACAAAAGAUGAAAUCAGGUUCCCAACUGACCCAAGUGAUAGAAUGUGGAAACCAACUUCAAGUCCAUCAUCUGCUCUCCUAUUGUCGUACAAUGUUAGCAAUUUCGACAUCAAGUCCAACAUGACCCCACCUCUACAAGUCCUACAAACAGCUCUUACCCACCCUGACCGAUUGGAGAUCCACAGUAACCUUGAGACUGAGGACUAUGAAUAUCUAGUAUUUCUCUACUUCCUAGAAUUAAAUAGCACUGUCAAAGAAGGAAAAAGGGUGUUUGACAUCUAUGUUAAUAGUGACAUUAAAAAGAAGAAAUUUGACAUAUUGGCUGGAGGAUCCAACUAUACAUACACUGUCUUGAACGUUUCAGCAAAUGGUUUACUAAAUUUAACCUUGGUCAAGGCAUCUGGUGCGGAGUUUGGACCCCUUUUGAAUGCUUAUGAGAUCUUGCAGAUGCGAACAUGGAUAGAAGAGACCAACCAAAAAGAUGGGAUCUUUCCUCGAGAUAAUCUGGGACUCUGUUUUAUGCAUGGAUGUAAUUAUUUGGUGAUGCGCAGGAACCUCAGUCACAACAAUUUCAAUGGUUAUAUUCCCUCGUUUCCAGCAUCCUCGUUGUUGAUAUCAAUAGAUCUGAGCUACAAUGAUCUUAUUGGGUCACUUCCAAAAUCAAUUGUCUCACUGCCAUAUUUAAAAUCUUUGUAUUUUGGCUGCAACAAACACAUGAGCAAAGACACUCCAGCAAAUUUGAAUAGUUCACUAAUUAAUACAGAUUACGGAAGAUGCAAAGCAAAAGAUCCUAGAUUUGGACAAGUAUUCGUCAUUGGUGCUAUUACAUGUGGAACACUUUUGAUUGUACUGGCAGUUGGAAUCAUUUUUGUUUGCCGCUAUAGACAAAAGUUGAUUCCAUGGGAAGGAUUUGGUGGAAAGAACUUCUUAAUGGAAACAAAUGUAAUAUUCUCUUUGCCAAGCAAAGAUGAUUUCUUAAUUAAGUCCGUAUCAAUUCAAACAUUCACUUUGGAAGAUAUAGAGGUGGCCACAGAAAGUUACAAAACAUUGAUAGGAGAAGGAGGAUUUGGUUCUGUUUACCGCGGAACUCUAAAUGACAGUCAAGAAGUGGCAGUGAAAGUCCGGUCAGCCACAUCAACUCAGGGAACUCGAGAAUUUGAUAAUGAGCUAAACCUACUUUCUGCAAUACAACAUGAAAACCUAGUGCCUCUUCUUGGUUACUGUAACGAAAAUGAUCAGCAAAUUCUGGUGUAUCCUUUCAUGUCCAAUGGUUCUUUGCAAGACAGACUCUAUGGGGAACCUGCAAAGAGAAAAAUAUUAGACUGGCCAACUAGACUCUCUAUUGCUCUUGGUGCAGCUCGAGGCAAUGUUCACGGUUUGGCAUAUCUUCACACAUUUCCAGGACGUUCAGUAAUACACAGGGACGUGAAAUCAAGCAAUAUACUUCUAGAUCAUAGCAUGUGUGCUAAGGUUGCCGACUUUGGUUUCUCAAAAUAUGCUCCUCAGGAGGGAGACAGUAACGUUUCCCUUGAAGUCAGAGGAACUGCAGGGUACCUGGAUCCUGAAUACUACACAACCCAACAAUUAUCUGAGAAGAGUGAUGUCUUCAGCUUUGGCGUGGUUUUACUUGAAAUUGUGAGUGGUAGGGAACCUCUAGACAUAAAGAGACCACGGAAUGAGUGGAGCUUGGUUGAAUGGGCUAAGCCAUAUAUAAGAGCAUCAAAGGUGGAUGAAAUUGUGGAUCCUGGCAUAAAGGGAGGAUACCAUGCAGAGGCAAUGUGGAGAGUGGUGGAAGUAGCACUGCAAUGUCUGGAACCCUUCUCAGCAUAUAGACCAAGCAUGGUGGACAUUGUCCGUGAGUUAGAGGAUGCUCUCAUCAUAGAAAACAAUGCAUCAGAAUACAUGAAGUCCAUUGACAGCCUCGGAGGAUCCAACCGCUACUCCAUUGUCAUAGAGAAAAGGGUGCUUCCCUCAACUUCAUCAACAGCAGAAUCAACCAUCACAACCCAAGCCUUGUCCCACCCACAACCAAGAUAG